AUGGGUGGUCGGAAGUCGUCUUGUGUAGAGACUCAAAAGGCGGAGAAUCAGAACACUGGCGGUGGUGCGGCGUGGUCAGUGGGGGUAGUAACAAAUGCUCAGAUCGAACACUUGACAAUCGAACCUCAGAUCUGGUCGCUAACGAGAGACGACCAUGGGCAGGGAGGAAGACAAGCGGGCUGGCGGAUUUCGGUCGAGGGCGGCCAAGCCACGUCUGACAACCUGACGCCUGGAUCUGGUGUUUUCCCAUCGCAACCCUCUCUCUCUCUCACUUUCCGCCUCCCCGUUCUCCUUAUUUCUUCUCUAUCUAUUUCUUCACGCCCAACAUCAAAUAUGACGGUGACUCAAAUUCCACAAGGGCGAGACAUGAAUCGGCAGCCAAGAGAGACCCAAUUCCUCCCUUCUUUUUUGUACAAAUCGCAGCCCACCCACCCCAUCACCCUUUGUCGACGAUGGCUGAGACGCACGAAUAGCGGCGCCGUGACCAGAGAUUAG